AUGGUCGAUUCGCGUAGGUCUGUCGGUAGUCGCGGUAAAAAAAGUUCUCCACCAGUAUUUUCACAUGACUUCGUCAUACAGAAUCAUGGCGAUAUUAUGUCCUGUAUCGUCAUGUUUAUAGUUAUGGGUCUUUUCUUCCAGGUGACAACUCCGUUAGCUACUGUGUUCAUAAUUCCCCAGUAUAACGAAACUAUAGAACCCACUGUUGCCGGUACAGUACGUCAAUCUUACUUUGGUAUUGGACCAAAAGAUCUUUUUGCGAUUUUCUUCUAUACUGUGGGAUGGAUUGUUGUACAUGCUAUUCUUCAAGAACACAUUUUUGACAAGCUGCAAAGGAAGCUUCACCUGAGCAAAUCGAAGAUGAGAUGUAUUUUGCACGACUUGCGUUUGUAUGCUGACAUUACAAAGUUAUGGGUUGGAUAUCCUGAGACGCAUCGUCUUCUAACCCUGCAUGCAAAAUUAUUCUUUAUUUUUCAGAUUGCGUAUUGGAUACAUCAAUUUCCAGAAUAUUAUUUCCAGAAAGUUCGCAAAGAUGAUAUGCGUUUGCGUACUGUUUAUUCGCUAAUCUUUCUUGUUUUCAUUACAACAGGCUAUUUUCUGAAUUUUAACCGUUUGACUGUGACGCUUUUAUUUUUUGAGUAUAUAUCACAAGCAGUUUUCCAUACGACCAGGCUAUUCCAUUUUUCAGAAAAGUGGAACAUUUCGAAAACCGGUUUUAAACUUUGGAAUAUUGUUUUCGUGGUUGUCAGACUUAUUAGCGCCGUAAUCACAGUUUUGACGCUGUGGUAUGGACAUCGAACUAUUGAGGUACCAUAUAUCGAUAUUGCAACUGGGAAUUACAACACAGCUUUUAUUCGACUAAACAGCAUGCUUUGCAUUUUGUUUUUGCAACUGCUUAUGCUUUUCAAUUUUGUGAAAUUCCAUCUGCAUCGAAUUCGCGAAAGACGAAGCAAACAGAAGCCCGUAAAGGUACCUCGUACUCAGAACAAAAAGAAGAAAUCAGUUGCUGAUGAUCAGAGUUCGGAGAACGACCAGCGCAGGAAGAAAACAAAUUAG